AUUUUGUGUAAACUGCUGUCAGAGUCGGUGAUUCCGACAGCCUGAUUUGUUUUACUUCGUUCCGUCAGCGGAAAGAUCUGUCCUUCUUCCCAGGCGCGAAUUUAAAAAACUCAGCAGUUGAAUCUAGCCUGUUGGAAAACCGGAUCUGGUAGAUUUGUUGGCAGGUCGAGAAGAUGCCCUCCUUAAUCCGCUAGGGAUAGGUUAUAUGCCCUCCCAAACUUUAUUUCUGAGCGUUCUUAUUUUACGCGGGUUAACUUUGUCACCCAUUUAGACAAUUAAAACAAGCAUGUGGCGCAAACCCGAUUUUGAACUCUUUUCAUAUUUCGGUUGCACUGCGUUUCCUGUCUUGAAGAGCACCGCCUAAAAUCCCAAUUCACAACAUCCCCGCAUUAAAGUGACCUUGCCCCCAUAGUUUAGGGGACGGGAGCAUAUAACCGAUCCUGCUUCAAGCGCGGUGGAGUGGCGUUAGUUUGGUCUUGGACAUCCGGUCUGUAGUAUGAAAUGCCCCUUCUUUUUUUUCUUACCGAGUACGGAUUGCCAUUCGCCAUACGGUCACCUGAAAGAGCUGUCGAUAAGACCUCUGCAGUAAAACAGAACACUCGCAUGUCAUCCUGAUAGCGGUACAGAAAAGUGCAUGUUAUUUAUGUGUGAUUUAGUAGUCAAUAUUUUAGCGGACAUUGCGUGAACCCAUGGUUAAACUGUCACUGUGUCCUUAUGUCUCACUAUCUGAGCCGUGCGUCAGCCUCGGGUCUUUCGGGGGGUGAUUUGGGGUAUAGCUGGCUGACGACGGCGACGGAAAAUACAGAAAAUGUCUCCAGUCUAGCUUCUGCGUAAACGAAUUCCUUCUGCACAUAUGGGCAUAUGAUGUUCCGACUUCUGUUAUUCCAGAGGAUGUGGCCCCCUCUCUCAAGUGACAUUGUGCAGAGGUAAAUGAAGGAAGCCCUUUACAUUACGUCAUAUCUGCGGAUACUUCUUUCUGUAGAAGUCCUGUCGGUCUGUGAGAAGCGCAUAAAAAUUGCAACUGAAAGGAUUGAUUACGGUCUAACCCUAACUUCUGGGCUGAGCGAGGUGACCCUUACAGGCCGCAACUUUUAGCGUUUCAAGAUUAGCUUAAAACCACAACAAAAUCGUUGCAAGGGGCAGUUUAAUACCUUUUCCAGGUGGCGGAUACUUCUGAAUCGGUUUCACCACUCCAAUCACCAGUAGUUUGUCCGAGCUUUGUCGCCUAACUGAUGAGAAAGUUUGGUGCGGUGGCUGGCGUGACGUUGAGCUUUCGCCGGUUCGGGAGUAAGAAAAUAAAUAAUGUUGUACAGCACUUGUCGGACAGUAUCACUACUACUACUACUACUACUACUACUACUACUACUACUACUACUACUACUACUACUACUACUACUACUACUACUACUACUACUACUACUACUACUACUACUACUACUACUACUACUACUACUACUACUACUACUACUACUACUACUACUACUACUACUGCAGUUUUGGCAAAAAGAAUGGCCUCUAA